GUUUCCAUGGCUUUUAAUAGGCUCAUUGAGUCGUAAAAAAGAACAUUAGAAAGUAGUUUACUGAUAGCAAUAAAUUGUUUAACCUGUAAGUUAUGACCCAUACAAAAUUGUUGAAUUUGUGAAUUUAAUAUGAAAGAAAAUUAGUUAUUUUCUCAAUAUAUCUAUCUAUAUAAUAUUGGAAUUCAGAAAACGCCUUUUUUAAUUUCAUGAAAAAAAGGCAAGAAAAAAAUGGCAGUUAAUAAGAAGAAACCAUCUAUGAGUAAAAAUAGGUCUACCAACUGUGUUAGUUUAAAUUUUAUCAGAAAACAUGAUUCAGCAACCUCUUCGGGAAUGGAAUUGAAUAAAGAUUUCAUAGAGCCAUUAGAAAGGGAGCUUACACAGUUAAAACUUUUAGAGAAACCUUUUGAAUCAGGAGAAGUAAAUACUUCAGUGUGCUGGCUGAUACAGAAAUUAAAAGAACAUCAUAGACAAAGAGAAGAAUCAAAUAAUACUCUAACAGAAUUACAGUCCAGUUAUGAUGAAUUAUUACUCAAAUAUGCAGAAGCACGAAAUAUAAUUGAUCAAUUAAAACUUAACAGAACUUUGGUUUCUAGUGAAAAUGAAAAACUUUGUACAUCUCAAGUAUGCGUUGCCGAUCUAAGUACUCAAAACGAGUGUAGCAAUCUCAGUAAAAGUGGUCAUUUUGUGUCUACAGAUAAAGUAUUUGUCUCCUGUCCUGAUCUGCACGCAUUGAAAAAUGGUUUUGAUAAAAACUCUGACCUUGAACUUUAUUCACAAUGUUUUAAUUUUAAUUUGUCAAAUAAUGAACUGUACAGGCAUGAUGAAAACAAAUUAUUAACCUUGAAUAAGUCUGAGAGCAGUCACUUAGUUAAUGGGGAUAAGUGGGAUCUGUUAUUUGGAAACAAGGUUGGAUCAAAAUAUUCCAGUGAUGAACUAUUUGAAGAAGAAAGGUAUAACCAGCACGUAAGUGAAACUGAUGAUGAAACAGUUAAUUCAAAAGUCAUGGAAAACGAUCAUAUACAUCAGUUAUCACUGAUACAAGAUUUGAAAGAUUUGAUUCAGUCUCUUGAAACGUCUCCAUCAUCUCCCACAAAGGAAAACUUUCUAGAACCACAGUAUGUUAAAGACGAAACCGUAGAAUGCACAAGGAGUGAUGUGCAAGAAACAUCACUAGAAAACCAUCAUAGUAAAAGUACGUACAGUGGAGAAACACAGUGGAAUAAUGCUCAGAUUAAACAGAAGAAGAAGGUUUGCAGUUGCACGUGUGUAAAUGAUCGUCAAGACAGUUUGAUGCAUGCAAAGAUUAACUUGAAGAAGACCCUACUUCUUGCACUAAGGAUAUCUACAGAGCUGGAAAAACAGUCCAGUGAGUUGCUUGGGGCUAUCACUAAUGUAAUAGGAAUGCGUCCUGAAAAACAUUAACUUGAUGUAAGUAGGAGUGGAAAUAUCCAGAAUUAAAAAAAAAAAAAGUUUUAUUUUCAAUUUUCUUUCUAACAUAACAAAGAACCAAUUCUAUACGACUGAAUAUUAAUAAUGAAGAAAACAUUUAAACUGAAAGUUUCUCACGAUAAUGAGAAGUAUUUUUUUUAUAUCAAACUUUUGUCAUUUUUGGGCACAACAUAAGCUUCCAGUUGUUCUCACCCUUAAGGCUAAAGAUCCUGCUCAUAUAGAAAUAUGUAAAGGGAGAAGAAGGAAAUCCUUAUAUGAUUUCAUUAUGAAGAAUUGAAUUUCACUAUGAAGUUUCUAAAACCAACAGACUAUUUAGGAGUUAUAUCCUGUUCUUGAGAUGUUUUUAUGACAAUAUUUUUAGGAGUUUCAGAGGUUUUCACAGACUGUAUAUGUUAACUUUGGUUCACUAAAUAAGGGGCAGAAAUUAUUACAUCACUAAACAGUUUUAUAAUACUGAAACAAGCAUUGAAUUCCUUAUAAAAUGUUAUGUAAAAUUACAAUAUAUUAUGAGACAAAAACUUAAAUGGUAAAAAAAUAAAAACAUUCCAGAAUGUUCUAAGAGCCUUGGGAUGACAUAUUGAACUUGUUUCUAGCCUUUACGACCAACUUUUCAUUAUUUCUUAUCUUACCUCCCUCUCCUUUAUAUAUUUGUUUUCAUAUAAAAGAUAAUAUGAUGUAAGGCCAACAGUGGUAAGUUGUCCAUGUUGAUGACAGGCUUCCAUCUAACAACUAAGUUCUUCUGUUCAGUUAUUAACAGUUUCAAUUAUAUAACCAAGAAAUAUUAUAUAUAUUAAUCACUGCCAUUCACAACUGCAUAGAAAAUAACUUAAAAUCAUUAUUUCGUUUUCAAGUUUUAGAUAUUCAAGAAGCUGCCUUUGAUCGGAUACUUGAGUCGUGUCUAGGCUAGGUUCACAUGUUAUUAAAUGGCUUCUUUUAUAGCAAUUCUACCACAUAACAAAUUAUUUAAGCAUGACACCACAUUCCCGGCAGUCAGACCACACGUUUACCUAGUCUACGGAUUAUUUGUGGACUUUUUUUUUUUUCCUUGAAGAAAUAUUAUGGCCAGUUUUUUUUAGCUAACAUUAUUAAUCAAGAUGUCCUUAAAAUAAGGUAGCUGUCCAGGGAAGUUAUAAAAAGUUCCUCACUGAUUUUUUCAACCUGAAGCAUCAGCUAAAGUAAUAUCCAUAAUUCUUAUCCAGUUGUAUCUUUCAUUGAUACUGAAAUUAUAUUGUAUGAAGUCUUUACUUUAAUUCCAUAGGCUAUAUGUCUAUUUCCAUGAAGUUAUUCAACAAUUCUCGCAGUACCUGAUGUUCUUUUUUUUAUUUCCUUGUUUUUGUAGAGUUUAUUCUCUAAAUGUAUAAAAUAGUUUUCUUUUAGGCUUGGUAUAGGUUUCAAACCACAUGUCGUGCAUAAUUUUUUACAAAAAAAAGCUCCAUUUUGUGAAAUAUUUAUGUUUUUAGUGCUUCUUGUGACUGGUUAAUUAAAUGAUUAAAAAAAGGCUAGUAACUCGUAAGGUUGAAUUAAUGCCUUUUCCCAUUUUUGAGGCAAGUGUACAUUGUAAGCUGCUAGAAAAGCAUACCAUUCAGGCUUAUGUGGGAAAAGUUAAGUAACUUAGCUUAGUUGAUGUUUGAAUCCCCGUCUAUCCUAAUUAGCUUAGCUUCCAAUGUAAUUAGUACCUACAUCUCUCUUCAGCCACUUAGCUCAUAUGAUAUUUGAACCUGCAUUUUAUUACCACAUUUCUCCUGAUCAGCUCAGCACAGCUACCAAUUGAACUUACAAUUUCUCCUGAGUAGGCCUAGUGGAUAGGGCAUAUGACUCACAAUCCCCAGGUUGUGAGUUCUAAUUCUGUCACUGAACUUACUGACUCUUUCAGCUGAAGGAGUAUUUUAAUGUGAUGGUAAAGGAUAGCCCAAAAGUUGGCAGUGGAUGAUGAUGACUAGCUGCCUUCCCUCUAUCUUUGUGUGAAAUUUAACAAACUCUGCUAAGCAUCUCAGCUUACAUGACAUUUAAAUCUACAUUUCUUCUGAGCUGCUUAGCUCAUAUGGCAUUUGAAUAUAUAUUUUUCAAAAGCUUAGCUAAAAUUAUUAUAGAUUUAUUAUUUGUUUGUAUAAAAGCCAAGAUUUUUUAAGCCCAAACGUCUUACUUUGCGGGAGAUAUGACACAGUUUCACUAGUAGGUUAGUUGGGUGCUAUUGAAACAAAAUAACACAUUACCACCCUUGUGGUGUUCUAGUAUGUUCUUUCAGGUGCAGAAAGUGUAACCUUUUCCAAUAGAAAUGUUUGAUGAAAAAAAAAAGGGUAUUCUGAUGAUAAAGCUGCAUGAAUUUUUACAAAUUAUGAACAAAAAAAAACGUUUUAAUAAACCAUGGAACUUUAGUAUUUGGAUAAUUUUCAGUUGCAGUUUGAAUUACGUUAUUUCACUCCUUUACAGUUUAGGUUUCUUUAUUAUUAUUUCUAAGAAACAUUAUUAUGUUCUUGUAACAAUUCUUAGCUUAAGGAAGGUCAGGUUAAAUUGAAAUAUGUUUUGGCAGUUGUAUUCACUUCCAGUGGAAUAACAGAUUGAUAAAAUACUUUUUUAAAUUUCCUUCUCUGCUAUGACAACUUUAAAAUUUUAAGUUCAUACUCUAUGUACUUAUAAAGUGGAGUCAGUUAUUUUAAUAAGCAUCUUUCUUCCAAGUCUAAUAGUGUUGUUAGAAAGAGUGUAGUUUACAUCCAAUGAAUUUAUUCUGUGACAAAAAAAAAAUCAGUUUAAGAAGAUAUGUUCCUCAUUAAAUUUCCUUCUCUGCUAUGACAACUUUAAAAUUUUAAGUUCAUACUCUAUGUACUUAUAAAGUGGAGUCAGUUAUUUUAAUAAGCAUCUUUCUUCCAAGUCUAAUAGUGUUGUUAGAAAGAGUGUAGUUUACAUCCAAUGAAUUUAUUCUGUGACAAAAAAAAA